AUGGCAGCUAACAUUUCCAAACAAGUUAAGCAGUACUCAAUCGGAUAUAUCAUUGGAAAGGGCUCAUCCAGCUCAGUCUACCAAGCAUAUGAUACAAAGAAACAGCAAUUUUUCGCUGCGAAAUUUAUCUCCAGAGAAAUCUUCCACGGUGAUGGAGAAUACCUUAGACAUGUUGAAUCUGAGCUUAGGAUCUUAGAAAGACUCGAUCACCCAUACAUUGCCAAAUUCGUUGAAACAAUUUUCCUCGAAAACUACAUCGUCAUUAUUACAGAACUCUGCGUAAAUGGAACCCUUUCGCAAUAUAACUUAUCACACGAAAAGUUACCAGACUCCAAGAUCUAUACUAUCGUUCAACAGACCGCGUCAGCCUUAAAUUAUCUUCACUCUAGGGGUAUUUUCCACCGCGAUAUUAAACCAGAUAAUAUCGGCUUUGAUGAAAAUAUGAACGUUAAGCUCAUUGACUUCGGCUUCUCUACAGAAUCUCAGAUGAUGGAUCAGUCAUUGGCGUGCGGAACACCAUAUUUCAUUGCACCAGAAGUCAUUUACUCAGAAACAUAUGAUGGUGCAAAAGCCGAUAUGUGGUCCCUCGGAGCGAUGGUUUAUUAUUUAGUUAAUAAGCAAUCUAUCUUCGGUGACCUUUCUCCAACCCAAUAUAUGAAGAAACUCGGAAAGGUUAACACAGUUGAGAUCAAUGGCUAUGGCCAUAUGAAGAAGAUCCUUGAGAGCCUCAUUCAGAUGGAUCCAAAACAAAGAUUAUCUGCAUCGGAUCUUCUCAAGCUCCCAAUUUUCACAGGAGAAUUAAAUAUUAGAGCACGAUCAGCUUCACUCCCAAUCAUGAGCAACUCUAAAUCAACUACUUCAACAAGAAGGCUUAUUAUACGCCCUACUAUGAAGAAUACUAAAUCAUUUAUUUGGUUGUAA